GAUGAUUUGGUUCAGUACUCUGAUCUCACAGGCUGAAAUUGCAGAUCCGUCAUGGGACGACUGGGAACUUUCUCUGUAUGGUUUGUCCUGCUGAUUUCAACUCAGCCCUCCUUGCAAUUUUGGCUUUUUAAUGUUAUCUUUCCUCCUAGCAUAGAUCCUUUUGAUGCAAAAGUGGACAACAUAACUCCUGUAAUUCUGGUGCCUGGGAAUCUUGGAAACCAACUUGAGGCAAAAAUCAACAAGCCAUAUGUGGUGCACUGGUUAUGUUACAAAAAGACAGAAGACUUUUUUACUAUUUGGCUGGAUCUCAAUAUGUUCUUACCUAUAGGGAUUGAUUGCUGGAUCGACAAUAUGCGAAUAGUUUACAAUAAAACAUCUCGCAAAAUAUCAAAUGCACCAGGAGUAGAAUUCAGAGUUCCUGGGUUUGGCAAAACUAGCCCUGUGGAGUUCUUGGACAACCACAAGUUAGCAGGAUAUUUGCACACAAUGGUGCAGCACUUGGUUGGCCUGGGAUAUGUCAAAAAUGAGACUCUUCGUGCAGCACCAUAUGACUGGCGGAUUGCACCCAAUGAACAAGAUGAAUACUUCAGCAAACUGAAGGUGCUGGUGGAAGAGAUGUAUGAAAAUUACAACAGUUCUGUUCAACUGAUCGGGCACAGCAUGGGCAGCAACUACAUACUGUACUUUUUGAACCAGCAGUCACAGGCUUGGAAGGAUCACUAUAUUAAAGGCUUCAUUUCAUUAGGUGCUCCAUGGGGUGGAGCAGUCAAACCAUUAAGAGUUCUUGCUUCAGGUGAAAAUGAUGGGAUUCCAUUUGUGGCAAAUAUAAAAAUUAGAGAGAAGCAACGAAUGACCACCAGCAACCCUUGGAUGAUUCCUAGUGAACUCAGCUGGCCUACAGAUCAUGUCUACAUUUCUACUCCUACUUUCAACUACACAUAUAAUGACUACCAACACUUCUUCCAUGACAUUAACUUUGAAGAUGGCUGGUACAUGUGGGAAGACACCAAAAACUUAACAGCUGGCCUCCCACCUCCUGGUGUAGAAGUUUACUGCAUGUAUGGGACAGGCCUACCAACUCCAGUUACAUAUAUCUAUGAUGAAAAUUUUCCAAAUGCAGAUCCUAUUAAUAUUCUGUAUGAUGAUGGUGAUGACACAGUGGGCACUCGAAGCAUGGAGCUUUGCAAACGAUGGAUUGGCAAGCAGGAUAAGCCAGUCCAUGUUAUUGAGUUUCAUGGUAUGCAACACUUGGACAUUGUCUUUAGCAGCAGAAGCCUUAAUUGUAUACAAGAGAUUCUAGAAGGGAAAUUUAAAGGUCCUUGACCUAAUGAAACCGCUGAAUCUGGACUUUUCACAAGCUGGACUUCAAUGUCACCAAAGCACAAUAUUCUAGUGUCAGAUGUUAAUUUUCCAUCUUUGUACUUGUUUGUAGUUUGACUGCUAAUUUUUUUAGGAGGACUGAGAACUUUUAGCCACAUUUAACAAAAUAUUAAUGAUUCCUUUGUAACUUGUCAUUUUUUUCUGUUUUCUUUUUCACUAUUAUUGAAAGUAUUAUUAAAGUGAAGUAACAGUCAUCAUUAUCAAAUUGGCUUUACAUUGUCUACUCCACAAGUUUUAUUGUUGUUAGGUGGUGACAGCAAUUUCCCCCAUAGGAUUGUAUGUAAAUACAAUUAAUCCGUUCCAGACCGUGCGAACUAUAUGUAAAUAUAUAUAUUUUUUAGUUUUUAAGCACAAAUAUAGUUAAUCAUACCAUAGAAUACACAGCGUAAUAGUAAACUAAAUGUAAAAACAUUGAAUAACACUGAGAAAACCUUGAACAACAUAGAAAACUAACACUGCAAUAGUUCGUGCUAUAGUGCUAGGAACCGCUCGCUAAAAACACUUUUUUUUUAAUGAGUUUUAAGCACAGGGGAAAAAUGAACAUUUGAAAAAUCCGUAAUUUAAUAAUCCACCAAGAAAAGUAACAUUGCAACAAUGCAGGCUACAAACCAAUCACUGUAAACAGAACUGAAAAGAAAAACAAGCCUUCUCUAUCUUAUGCGUCCCUCCCCUCUCUCUCUCUCGCUCGCGCUCUCUCUCGUGCGCCUGUGUGUGUGUGCGUGUGUCUCUCUUUUGCGAGCCUGGAGCGCCUGUGUGUGUGUCUCUGUAGCGUGCUCCUGUGUGUGUGUGCGCCUCUCUCUCGCGGGCUCCUGUGUGUGUGUGUGCGCAUCUGUCUCUCUCGCGCUGCCUGUGUGUGUGCGCGGCUCUCUCUCGCACGCUCCUGUGUGUGUGCGUGUCUGUCUCUCUCGUGCUGCCUGUGAGUGUGCGCAGCUCUCUCUCGCGCUGCCUGUGUGUGUGUGUGUCGCGCUCUCUCGCUCUCUCUCUUCUUCGCUGCACAGGAAAUGCACAGCGAGAGACUGAACAUGUACAAACCGAAAGGGAACCUGGCUUGUUCGUAUACCGGGUGUGUGGUCGUGAACCGAGGCAAAAGUUUGGCGAACUUUUUGGUUGUAAAACUGAUUUGUACGUGUACCGAGACGUUCGACUUAGAAUGUAGCUCACCAAUCAAAAAAAAUAUGUGUGUGUUCAUAUUUUUAUCAUCAUAACUGCUUUCACAUUAAAGCACUUAUGAAAAUCAUUUGGAAACUGCAGAACAAAUAUGCAUUUUACAAAAGGAAAUCUUCCAUCACUGGCCAUUUCUGAACUAAGAUUAACUUUAGUAUCAGGAAAUUAUGUCUUUGAGGAAGGAUUUAAAUUAAAUGCAGAAACUGAUCUCUGCUUUAAAAUUUGAUUAAAUGCAAUCUGACAGUGCCUUUAGCAUACUAAGUGUCUUCUUUUUAUGAUGCAUAUAGCAGGCAUUCAUAACUAUCAGGGCUUAAUUCAUUUUAAAAACACAUAAACCCUUGCUGAGGAUAAUACUUACAUCUGGUAUGUGUAGGAAAUCAAAUGUUUGCAUACAUUUCAAAUUUUCUUUAUAAUUGUAAAUGUUUUUGGCUGUGUUGGAGUUAAUAGAGAAAUUAUUUGCAUCCGUGAAAAUUUAAAUAACUAAACUUACCAGGAAAGGCCUUUCAUUUUUUAUAUAACUAUGAGGUUGUUAUUUUUUUUUAAAUAAAUUUGCAAUUGCAAUUUUCUAAGUACUUUUUUAAGUUCUAUUAAAUAACAAAAUAAAAAAUGAUACUGAUGAACAAUUUAAAAAUAUUUUUUUUGUUUUUGUAUCAUGUUAAUUUUUGGUUCUGCACUGGAUAAUUGCUGAGAUGCAUCCCAGUCAUAUUGUUCAUGACUAAAUAUAUUUUUUGUUAUUAA